AUGUUAUCUCUUACGACGACGACGAAGACUACCAACACCACCAGCAUCAAUAGCCUCCCACCUGAUACUUGUCACCUCAUAUUUCACUUGUCACCUCAUAUUUUAAUAACCAUUGUCGGCCACUUGCCACCUCUUUCUCAGAUUUCGUCUUAUUCCUUCUUUCAUUUCGUAAAAGUUUUGCAAGCUGAAGAACUUCAACACUACAGCUCUCUUUGGUACUUCUAUCAAGAACUAGGGUACAGGGGUGAAAAGCUCUUGGUGAAGGUCGGAGUCAAAUCCUCCAUUGGAAGUUGA